AUGUCUAGUCCACCCGUUACUCGGCGUAACGGCAAGAAGCAAGCAUGCGAGCCUUGUCGGCGCCGAAAAGUGGCGUGCGACCACGGCUAUCCAAUCUGUCACCGGUGCAGAAAGCGGCCGAACGGUGCAUCUGCGUGUUACUAUGUAUCGCCUGAACAAGCAGCGACUCUCUUUCGAGCGAGAACUUCUCAGCAACAAGUCUCCGAAGCGUCGGCCUCGAACUCCGAGGCCGCAGUCCCUUCAACCCAGCGGAAUUUUGGGCCUGACGAUGGGUUAUGGAGCUCACCUGCUGCGAGACCACCGCAGGGCUUCUUCGGACCUACGAGCUUUCCGGCUGCGUAUCAAGAGACUGAGGCUAGUUUGGCUGCACAGGGACCCGCAGUGGCAGUGGUCGACACGCCUUCUUCACCAACUAUCUCAGCUCCACCAUCGGUGGCUGAGAUACAGAGUAUUGUGGAUAUGGAUCAAGGAGCAAGUCAACUUGCUGUCAGAGUACUCCAAGCCUUACCCCAAAAGCCGUCCAUGUAUAGAUCGAAACCUGGAAUUAGCCUUGAUGAGGACUGGCUGGCUAGUAUUGGUGAUAGACUCCUAACUAGUACCUGGGAGGCAUUCGGGUCUCAUCUUAGUGACAAAGCAAACACAGCAAAGUUGCGGGAGAUGGGGAGUAGAAUAUGUAUCAACACAAGAAAAACACUCAGAGAGGACCAGGAUGACCCGACUGCAUGGAUUCAAAGCUUCUCGGGAGAGAAUCUACGCUGGGAGACUGUUGGCGUUAUCUUCCUAUACACAGCUUUGAGCGAGCUGACAGCUACUUCGAAUGAAGAGUCGAAGAGGAUAAUUCGCCAGUGCACUGAAUAUUGUGCUUCAUGCAUAACUCUUGCGAAUAUGGGCGGGAGCUCGGGUACUUUGAUGUUAUUUCUGAUGUACAAGCGAUCUGUUCUUCAUGCAUGGAUGCACGGUGAGACCAGUUUGCCGUACUGGAAGUUCCAUGCAGAGACAGUCGCGAUGUUGACGUUCUCUGGACUACACGAUAAUCGAGCCAAGUCAACACCGCAUAUAUCAUCAGUACCUACCGAGAUCCGCAGGCGUAUCGGAUGUCAGGUCUUCGUAGUCGAUAAAUUCCUGGCUACCUUUGUUGGACGACCGCCUCUUCUUACGAGGAGAUUCUGCUCUAUCAAGUCACCACUUGACCUAGAAGAGUCAGCCUUGCUCUCGGACAAAGAAACCUUCCAGAGGAGAUCUCAACUCCUUGAUCAGGACGGAUGGAACACAGAUGGUCGUAUCUACUCGAGCUCGCUUUUGCGUGUUCGCAUGAUGAUUGCGCUUGUCAGAGACGAGAUCCUCGAAGUUGUACUCGCUCAAGAUGGAGCUUACGACAUUACAGAAGUCAUGCAACUCAAAACCAAACAACUUGAUCUUUAUGGACAGCUUCCUCAGCAUCUGAUCUGGAACCCAACAGCAGAGGAAAUAAACGAAAUAGACCUUCAAAUCGGUUAUCCGAAGCUACUGAUAAGACUAGACCAUUUGCUCAACAUGUUCCUUAUCCAGCGUCUAUUCGCCAAACAUGGCCAUCCAAGAAAUGAGCUUCUCCGAACCAGUUUCGAGAUGGUGGUGUUGACGCUGAAUUUCUGGGCCCAGAAACACAUCUGGGCUGCUUUGCAAGGCAAAUGCCGAUGGAUAAUCAUGGGAUACGCGACCCUCGCCGGAGCCGUCCUGUGCAUGGAACUCAUAGAACCGACCCCAGUGACAAUGCCAGCGCACGAUAGGAUCAUUGCUGGCGAGGCAUAUUCCCGAUCAUCAAUCAUCCAACAACUCAGUCUUCUGUUGGGAUAUCUCAAGACUUCCUGUCCAUCACAAACACACUGUUCAGUUGCUCAUAAUGUGCGAGGUGUUAUUAAGAAGGUCCUUGAUCAUAUUCUGAACAAUCCAACUGUUACCUCAUCUGUAACCGAGCUUGGGGCAAUCGACUUCGCGGGUAGUUGGGAUCAUUUUUCGUAUUUUAGUGCGAUGGAUAACUUUGACUGGCUUAUGGAGGAGCGUGGCAUUGAGGAGACCUCUGGUUCGCUAUAG